UGUCACCCAAGUAAUUCAAUACUUUUGCAAUUUAAUACUACAACGGAUACGAUUCGCGUUUAAAAUGUGCAUUAUGGGAUAGCCUCACUGUGUUUUAAUGGAGCGAUUUAAAAUGUCGUUGAUUCACACAUCAAAGAAAAUCAUUGCCGUCGGCUUGCUCUUGACCAGUUUAACAUUUGUGAUAAUGUUUGAAUACAUUGACCGGGUUCAUGUAAUACGUUUACACGUAUAUAUGCCGCCUAGCCGACCAUUUCGACCCGCCGACAACAUUUUGGCAGUCAUAAGAACCUUAACAGUAACACCGGAACACCUAAGGACCAUAUCAUCAAAUCCGGACCUGAUCGACAAAAUCAACGCAUCAUCAGGUGUCCAUUAUCCAGUGACUUUUAAAAGACCCUAUCUGAUUGAAAAUACAAAAUUAUGUUCAUCUGUGCCUAAUUUGGCUGUGUUAAUCAUUGUUCAUACCGCUCCAAACAAUUUUGAAUUAAGAAAUGCAAUGAGAAGAACUUGGGCUAAUGAUACGCAUUAUGAAUCUCUAGGAAAGGUAAGAAAAUUGUUCCUUCUUGGUACAGUCAAUAACCAAACGCUUCAGACAGAAUUGGAAAAGGAAUUUAAACAAAACCAAGACCUCUUACAAGGAGAUUUCGUCGGUGCUGACAGUAAUCUUACACAUAAAGGUGUUAUGGGGUACCUUUGGGUUUCUGAGCGGUGCCAGAAUGCUAAAUACAUCCUGAAAGUUGACGAUGAUAUCGUUGUUGAUAUGUACAGACUAUUUACUAAAGUUAUACCAAACUUUAAAAACAAAACAAAACAAAUCCUUUGCAGUUAUAUAACACCAGGAACUAUGCUUAUUACUCGGGAAAAGAAAAACAAGUGGUAUGUAAAUGAAAACCAUUUUCAAGGACAACAAUUUUAUCCUGAAUAUUGCAGCGGAUUACUGGUCCUCUUUACUAAUGACGUCAUACCAGCAAUAUUUAAAUCUGCAUCGGUGUCGCCAUUUUUCUGGGUGGAUGACGUAAAUUUGUACGGCUUUGUGUCAAACCAUCUUCUAAGAAAUAAUAUCAACGGCUUAGAGGAAAAGGACCACCUGCUGGACGGACAGAAGGCCUUAAAGUGUUAUAGAAACGAAACAAUGAAUCGGCAGCAUAAAUGUAAUUAUCUUGUUACCGGGUCCCGAAAAAUACAAGUUUUAGUAGACAUAUGGUCGGAAAUGACUAAACAGUACGAAAAUGAAAAAGUAGAAAAAAUUGAAGAAGCCGUGACAUCAACAAUUACUUCCAAAACGAUGAUUCGGCCAGCGGGAGACUUGGCAGCCAUAGGGACUUUUACAGUAGACACUGAAGACCUAAGGGCCAUAUCACCAAAUCCGGACCUAAUCGCCAAAAUCAACGCCUCAUCGGAUGUCAAAUAUCCAGUGACAUUUAAAGGAUCAUAUCUGAUUGAGAAUCCAGAAUUAUGUUCAUCUGUGCCUAAUUUGGCUGUGUUAAUCAUUGUUCAUACCGCUCCAAACAAUUUUGAAUUAAGAAAUGCAAUGAGAAGAACUUGGGCUAAUGAUACGCAUUAUGAAUCUCUAGGAAAAGUUAGAAAAUUGUUCCUUCUUGGUACAGUCAAUAACCAAACGGUUCAGACAGAGUUGAAAAGGGAAUUUAACGAACACAAAGACCUCUUACAAGGAGAUUUUGUCGAUGCUUACAGGAAUCUUACCCAUAAAGGUGUGAUGGGGUACCGUUGGGUUUCCGAGCGGUGCCGGAACCCUAAAUUCAUCCUUAAAGUUGACGAUGAUAUCGUUGUUAAUAUGUACAGAUUAUUUACUAAAGUUAUACCAAAAAUUAGAAACAAAACAAAACAAAUUCUCUGCCAUUAUAUACUUCCAGGAACAAUGCGUAUUUUACGGGAAAAGAAGAGCAAGUGGUAUGUAAAUGAAAACCAUUUUAAGGGACAGAAAUUUUAUCCUGAAUAUUGCAGCGGGUUUCUGGUCCUCUUCUCUAAUGACGCCAUACCGGCAAUGUUCAAAGCCGCAUCGGUAACACCAUUUUUCUGGGUAGAUGACGUGUAUCUGUACGGCCUUGUUCCAAGCCAUGUACCAGGUAUUACAUACACUAGUUUAGAACAAGAGGCCCACGUGCUAAACGGCGAUAAAGCCUUAAAGUGUUAUAGAAACGAAACAAUGAAUCGCCUGCACAAAUGUAAUUAUCUAGUAACUGGUUCCCGAACAAUGCAAGUUUCAGUGGAUAUAUGGUCGGAAAUGACUAAACAGUACGAAAAGGUAAAAGAAAAUGAAAAAGCUGUGAGUUCGACAAUCAAUCAUGAAACGAUAAUUCGCCCAGCCGACAAACUUUUGGCAGUCAAAGGGAACCGUACAGUAGCCCCCGAAGACCUGACAGCUAUAUCACCAAAUCCGGACCUGAUCGCCAAAAUCAACGCCUCAUCGGAUGUCCAAUAUCCAGUGACUUUUAAAGGAUUUUAUCUGAUUGAAAAUCCAGAAUUAUGUUCAUCUGUGCCUGAUUUGACCGUCUUAAUCAUUGUUCAUACCGCUCCAAUCCAUUUUGAAAGGCGCAAUGUAAUGAGAAAAACUUGGACUAAUGAUACGCAUUAUAAAUCCUUAGGAAAUGUAAGAACAUUGUUCCUUCUCGGUACCGUAAAUGACAAAACGGUUCAGACAGAAUUGGAAAACGAAUUCAAAAAACACCAAGACAUCUUACAAGGAGAUUUCGUCGAUGCUUUCAAGAAUCUUACACAUAAAGGUGUGAUGGGGUACCGUUGGGUUUCCGAGUGGUGCCGGAACGCUAAAUACAUCCUGAAAGUUGACGAUAAUAUCGUUGUUCAUAUGUUCAGAUUAUUUACUAAAGUUAUUCCAAAAUAUACAAACAAAACGAAACAAAUCCUAUGCAAUCAUAUUUUACCAGGAACUAUGCUCAUCAUUCGGGAAAAGAAAAGCCAGUGGUAUGUAAAUGAAAACCAUUUUAAGGGACAGAAAUUUUAUCCUGAAUAUUGCAGCGGGUUUCUGGUCCUCUUUUCUAAUGACGUUAUUCCAGCAAUAUUCAAAGCCGCAUCGGUGACGCCCUUUUUCUGGGUGGAUAACGUGUAUUUGUACGGCCUUGCGCCAAGCCAUGUACCAGGAAUCACAUACAAUGGUUUAGAUAAAAAAGACCACAUGCUUGACGGCGACAAGGCCCUGAAGUGCUAUAGAAACAAAACAUUGAAUAACCAGCAUAAUUGUAAUUUUCUUGUUACUGGUUCCCAAACAGUACAAGUGUCAGUCGAAAUAUGGUCGGAAAUGACUAAACAGUACAAACAAGAGAAAGUAGAACAUUUUGAAGUAGAUUUGCCUUCGACAAUCAAAUACAAAACGACGAAGGAUUCUGAAUGACGAAUUGUUCCAUACUUAUCUCGGACUGUUUUUUGAACCCAGUUACUGAAGGGAUGGACUUUUGUUUCAAAGGGAAAUAAUUUUCUAAGAAGGGAAUAUCAAAUUUAAAGAAUUUUUUCGCAACCCUUACAGUGCAAACAUACCAUUUUUGAAUAAACAUGAGUUAACAUAACCUUGCUAACUUAAAAUAUUUAGCGUCUUUUUUAAAAGACUAGCAUUCACUUAUCGAUCAUUUUAGGUAGAGAAAAUAUGAAUAAAUGUCCAUCAAUUUAAUAUCAUAUUUGACAUUAAUUGAGCAUGCUGAAUAUAUAUACCCAUCUGUUUCAUAUGUCAGUGUUUUUUUCCUAAAUUAAUUUGGUUAAAGCUCUGUAUAAUUAUGUAGAUACUUUUUGUUUUAACCUUUCUAUUUCAAUAUUAACUGUAUUGUUUGUCUGGCUGUGGUAAUGGUAUUCAAGAUAGCUUACAUAACACCGAUUAACACAUUUUUGAUAUGCAUAAAUAUAAACUUUUUAUCUUUCAUUUAUAUACUGAGGCCCUACAAUAAAUCUAACAAUAUAGCACAUGGCGUUAUGUUACCUUUUUGGGGGAGAAAACAUUUCUGUAUUUAAAAAGUCAGGAGUCAGAAAUUACCAAAUAGCAAUUAACCCCAAAACAGUUAUUUACUUAACGAAUUUAAAUCAUUCGGACACUAGUCAUCCCGCUGGUUUACCACAGCCUUGUAUCUGUUUAACAGUACUAUUUUUUUCAUUAGUUACGAUAUAUGCAUACUAUUAAAAACACAUUUGUAGAUUAAAAUAACCGAUUAGUUGUAUGCAGUUUUGAUUUUGCUAACUUGUCUUAACUUAGUUGUAUUUAUUGGGUUGUUUAGGAAGUUGCCCCCUCUUUCCAUUGGUUUAUCUUCUUUUUGGGUUUUGAGUCCCCUUUGGCCUUAUUUGGUUUGCCUUGGUUUAAAGUUGUUGAGGAUAAGUCAUAAAGUCGCUCAGGUCUUGAAGGUGGCUAAUGGGGGGAGUGUUGUGAUGACAUCAACGUGACCCUUGAAAGUAGAGCGCUGAUUGGUUGAUGGCGGACCCUUGGCUGGAUACCCGGAGGACCCGUAGAUCCAGGUAUCAGACCAGUUCCAGUACGUAGCUUUAACUUACUAGAUUCCAGUCAACAUGGACGGUGAGAUUUUGGUCACAUACCUUGUAUUACGCUCAUUGAACUGCUAUUCAUAACCUCAUAUGUACAUUAUUUUUAUUAGUGCUAUCAAAAUAUAUAGGUCUACAUAAAGCAUUUAUCACAAAGUUUUAAAAAGCUAUGUUGUACAUGUGAUAAAUUAUUGCCUAAUGUUAAACAAGCCGUUUUGCUUUCAUGGAACCCUUUCGCUGUAGUGUUAAGGUAGUGUUCAGUAACUUAAAGGUGACAUAUUCAUGCUGGUUUAAGCUGCUCAAUACUUCAAUAUCAGCUCCUUACCUGAACUUAAAUAAGAAAAAUAACCAUAUAUCAGUUCUGUUUACCAAUUUAAGCCAGUGUUUUCCAGUGGAAAAGCUGGCUGUUUAUCGGUACGCAUCAUAUGUAUAGUUUAUAUUUAUCGUCCAUAAAACUAGUAUAAUUAUAUUUACUUACAAUAUACGAAGGUCAUUCAAUAAAUAUGUAGACCUACAAAGUUAUUUAGUCUUUAACAAUGUAUGAACAUUUUUGGUUAUUAAAUUC